CAUCAGUUCCUUCGCACAGCUUCAGCAGAGCGUUGUGUGGAAAUAAAAGAUCAUUUUCGCCUUAUACACUUACAACUAAAUAAAUAACUCAACAACCAUGAUAUCCAGUUCGCUGAAAAUUUGCGCUUUUCUAACAGUAUUCGUAGUCAGCUUGCAGCAUAUUUCGGCGGAGCAGGCUGUUUGCGGUCCCGCCAUAGACGCAGCUCUCAGUCUUAUGUGCGAAAACGGCUUUAAUACGAAAUUCAAGAAAUCACUGGAAUGGGAUGAUCUUGGUAACACUGAGCCCGAAGCACUGUCGCCCUUCGGCCUGAUGAACUUUCCUUUCUUAGCCAAAAUUCAUGGCGGCCAGGUGGAUACAGUGGCUAAAACUCGUCGUCGGCGGGAAGGCGUCUACGACGAAUGCUGCCGCAAAGCCUGCUCCUACAACGAGUUGUUAUCCUAUUGCAAAUAAGCUUUUCCAUUUCUAAACUAUUGUUGCCGACUUUCACGUUAAAUGAAUUUACACAGACCUUCCUGAAUCCACGUUUUACUCAAUUACCACUCUGCCCCAGCCCAUACCUGAGGAUAUGUUGCCAAGAGACGAAUCUAAAUAGCAUUCGGAAAUGCUUAUGAUGCUUAUAGUUGUGAUACAUACUUACUUGUGAAUUAAUAUCUAUAAAAAAAUCUUAAUAAAAAAAUAUAAAAUUGGCAAAUUUUCAGUAAGUUCAAUGAAGAGAUCUUCAGGCUGUUGGUGUUAUAGUUAUUUACACAUAAAAUAAAUAAAUUGUUAUGCAAAAUCACAAAAAGUUUUUAAAAUCAAAAUG